AUGGAAAUUUACGAAGAAAAUGUUCAAAAGUUCAAAAACACUGUUAAUCCACUUUUUGAUGAAAUUGAAUCUAUUACUCUAAUUGAUAUACCGAAGGGUGAUGUUAAACGUCUUAAAGCAGUGGAACGGGACUUUCUAACUAAGAAGAAAGUAUUAGAGGCAAAUGCUAGUGAUUUUUCAAAUUAUUUGUCAAGAACAUGUACAGUAGAAAGUAACAUUGAGAACAUUUCACUCAAGAAGAAAAUUUCUUCUAUAGAAUUUAAUGUACAAGAAUUCUUGUGUAAACUUAAUGAAUCCAUACAAGAAAUUGAGGAUAAUAAAACAGAAGUGUCUUCAGUUGCAUCUGGUAGUUCUCGGAUAUCAGCUCAUUCAUCCGUAAUAUCAGUCAAGCUGCAGGCUGAAGCAGAGGCGGCUAAGACGAAAGCGCUAUUCGCUGAGAAGGAAGCUCAAUUAAAGAGAGAGAAAGCUGAAUUUGAAGAAAAUGAGGCAAUUAGAAGAGCUGUUGCUGAAAGGAGGAAAGCGGAUUUGCAAACGGAGCUGCAGCUACUGAACACGAAGGAAGAAGAAGCAAUUGCCAUAGUAAAGGCAGAAACUUUCGAAGGAAGUGUGCAUUCUAUUGGUAAUAAGUCGGUACUUUCGAAACUUUCCUGUCAUUCUCCAUCAUCUCAGGAAAAGGUUGCAACAUUUUUAGAAAAUUCUUCUAAAGUGUCAGAACAGCAAAACAUUUUAAAGGUGCAAAAUGUACAGUCAGAAAAACAAACUUUAAUCCAUGAUGAUAGUUCAUUUCUUAUUCCGCCUGAGUUUGCACCACCACCACCUACAACAGAGCAACCAUCACUCUUAGUCGAAAGCAUAAAUGACUUCAGUAAAUACUUGCUUAAAAAGGAACUUCUACUGAACAGGUUAUACCGGUAUGACGAAAAGUGUGAAAACUAUCUGAUGUGGAAGACAAGUUUCAGAACUGUAAUGAGUGAGCUUGACGUGACAGCAUUUGAGGAAUUAGACUUGAUGAUUAAGUGGCUAGGUCCAGAGUCCUCCAGACAGGCAUCUAGUAUUCGCGCGUCGUGUGCUGGCAGUGCUGAAUCUGCAAGAUCACGAAUUUGGGAUCGUCUAGAUGAGAGAUAUGGAGCAGCAGAAAGAGUUGAAAUUGCUUUAAGGCAAAGGCUGCAGGCUUUUCCUAGACUUAAUCCUAAAGAUUCAAAAGCACUUUAUGAGUUGUAUGAUUGUGUGUCAGAAAUUAACUUUCUGAAAGAUAACCCCAAGUACAAAGACAUGUUUUCUUUCUAUGACACGUCGUAUGGUGUUUCUCCCAUCGUGGCCAAGCUUCCCAUACAUCUACAAGAGCGGUGGACGGUUAAAGCUUCAGAGUACAAAAUCAGACACAGUGUGCCGUACCCACCAUUUUCAUUCUUUGUGGAAUUUCUGAACUUGCAAUGCAGGAUGAAGAAUGAUCCUAGCUUUGUGUAUGAAAUGACAACUAGCAUAGCCACACCUCAGGCCCAGAAGCGAUCCCUGGGUGUCAGAGUGAACAAACUGAAUGUGGACACAAACCAAAGUACUUACACACCAAGUAGGCAAGCAAAAUUCAAGUGUCCAUUGCACAACUCCAACUCUCACAUGUUAGCGUCAUGUAGGGACUUUAAAAGGAAAAGUUACAUUGAUCGAAAGAAGUUAUUGAAAGACAACUUUCUGUGUUUCAAGUGUCUUGAUGAUUUCCAUGGCUCAUGUCAUAAAGAAUUGAAAUGCAGUGAGUGUGGCAACAACCACCACACGGCCAUGCACUUUACUCCAGCAGUGUCGUCAAAGUAUGGCGGGAAGCCUCAGCAGCGGAAUAGAGUACCUGCUCCCCAAGGUGUAACAAAUUCUUCAUCCGUGAACAGUUCAUGCACUCAAGUUUGCGGUACCCCUGGCUUUGUCGGGAAGUCGUGUGCUAAAAUAGUUUUGGUGGAAGUUUCUAGCAAACAGACAGGACUGAAAAUGCAAACGUACGCAUUGAUCGAUGAUCAAUCAAAUAGAUCGUUGGCUUCACCUACACUUUUCGAUGAAUUGAAUGUCAAGGGUGAUGUUGUUGAAUACUCAGUUAAUACGUGUAACGGCAUUGAAGUGAAAAAUGGCAGAAAAGCCACUGAUCUAGUUGUAACAAGUGUUAAUGAAAAUAGUGUUUCAUAUGAUAUGCCAUCAAUGCUCGAGUGUGAAGUGCCUAACAACAGAGAUGAGAUUCCUACGCCAGAAGUCGCCCUGGCGUACUCCCACCUGAAGGAUCUAGCGCCACACAUCCCACCAGUCGAUCCCUCAUGUAGUGUCAACCUUCUGAUUGGAAGAGACCUUAUAGAAGCACACCAUGUGAUGGAUCAGAAGAUUGGGGCAUCAAAUAUGCCAUAUGCUCAUAAACUUCCAUUGGGCUGGGUUAUUGUGGGCGAGACUUGUCUCGGUAGUUCGCAUAUUACAAACAAUGUAAAUGUAAAUAAAACCUACAUUGUAGGUGAUGGGAGAGCCUCUAUCUUGCCACCAUGUUCGAGUAAAUAUGUUGUGUCUGAAAAAUGUGAAAAUGACAAUGUUGAUCAAAAUAACUGUUCAAGCAUGUAUAUCAUUGAUAAUGGUAGAUAUUCACUGUUUAUGCCAUGUAACAAUGUUCAUGAGUUAGAUUGUAUGACUUAUGAUUUUGUGUUCGCAUCUUCUGUCCGUGAUGAGAAAGCGUCAUUGUCCAUUGAAGACCGAGAGUUUCUGUCCAUUAUGGACAGUGAAUUCACACUAGGUUCCGACAGUAAAUGGUCCGCCCCACUUCCAUUUAAGUCACCACGACCCAAGCUUCCCAACAAUAAAGCCCAAGCUUUUCAAAGAGCCAAAUCCCUCCAAAAUAGUCUGAACAAGAACCCUGUUAAGAGACAGCAUUUUGUAGACUUUAUGGGUAACCUGCUUUCUAGUGGUCAUGCAGAACUUGCUUCUAAGCUAGCAGAUGAUGCUGAGUGUUGGUACCUACCUAUCUUUGGAGUCUACCAUCCCAAAAAGGUUGAUAAAAUUCGUGUUGUCUUCGACUCAGCUUGUCAGUAUAAUGGUGUGUCGCUCAAUUCUGUGUUGCUCCAGGGUCCAGACCUAGCAAAUAGUCUGCUUGGUGUCUUACUAAGGUUUCGUAGGGAACAGGUAGCAGUUUCAGUUGAUGUAGAGCAAAUGUUUUACUGCUUCGGUGUCAAAGAGUGUGACAGAGAUUACCUUCGGUUUCUAUGGUAUGAAGAUGACCCCUCAAAAUCUCUAGUUGAGUAUCGCAUGUGUAAACACGUGUUUGGGAAUAGCCCAUCUCCAGCCAUAGCAAAUUAUGGUCUGCAGAAAUCAGUUGAGAAUUCUGACGAAGAUGUCAAAGAGUUUGUUCGGAGAGACUUUUAUGUGGAUGAUGGUCUUACUUCUUGUCCUACGGUUUCAGAAGCCAGGAGUUUGAUUGAACGUACCCAAGCUUCACUAGCAGGGAAGGGAAUUCGGCUUCAUAAGAUAUCUUCAAACGUCCCAGACGUUAUGAAAGGGUUGUCUCGGGAAGAUUUGUCAACAGACUUGAGCCGUCUGGACUUUGAUCUUGAGAGUUUACCUACUCAGCGUAGUUUAGGACUUCAGUGGGACUUGAAUAAGGACUACUUCCUGUUCGAUUGUCAUAUACAAGAUAGAUCCGUCACGAAGAGAGGCCUUCUUUCAAGCAUUCAUAGUGUGUUUGAUCCUAUCGGCUUUUUGUCGCCAAUUUUGAUCAAUGGCAGGCUGAUUUUAAGAGAUGUAAUCGCUAGCGGUAUAGAAUGGGAUUUACCUCUGACCACAGAAUUUGAGGCCAAGUGGUACAAUUGGCUAGGCAGUUUAGCAGAUUUGGAGUGUGUGAAAGUCAGUAGAAAUCUGUUCAAUGUGUCACUUUCAGAAAUGUCCAAUCCUGAACUUCAUGUAUUCUCAGAUUCGUCAGAAAAGGCAAUAGCAGCAGUAGUGUAUGUGGUAGGGUGUUCCAGUGCUGGUGAGAAAAAGGCCAGUUUUGUGAUGGGUAAAGCUAAGGUCGCCCCAGCUAAAGGUCAUACUAUUCCUCGUUUGGAACUUUGCGCUGCUGUUUUGGCCACAGAGCUGUACACUUUAGUUUCUGAGAAUCUUGGUGUCAAUAUCGCCGAUACUCUAUACAGACAGCAGAGUAGUGCUAGGUUACAUAGGAAACCAAACCCGUAG